AAAACUGUCGUAGAUGUGCUUCGAUAAAGCUUCGCAAGUAUCCAUUUCCUAUCCACAGUUUGUCCCCAUCACCACACCUAUUGUGCUUUCUCAUAUUAUAACAUAGUAAAAAAGUUUAAUGUAUGGGUUUGAGGGAUGAGAACUGUUUGUUAUGGGUUGUUAAAUGACCGUCCACAGUUUACUUUACGGCAAACAAGUGGAGCAUCAGGUUGAACAUUCGCCGUGUAGUGGUGGCAAAAAUGGCACUUGUUCGGUGAACGCUGAAUAAUUAAACAAUUUAAUUGUGUUUUUGGAAGAAAAAUGACCGAUUGCCAUGUGUAACUUGUCCAAAUUAAUGUAAGUCUAGAGUCCUUCUCUGACCUUAUUACUGCCUGCUAAGUUAAAGCUCAUCAGGGAACAGAUUACAUUUGUUUUCUGCUGUUUGUUGGCUAACGGUAGUUGCGCAAAGCAGGCAUACCUUUAAAUGUUUAGUUAAGUAAAAAGGUGUACGAACCUCUUAACCUAAAGAUGGAUAAGGAGCCAUCAGAAUCAUCCAGCACAGGCUCCAGAAGUCCAGGAGGCUUCGGUCUGUUUGGAUCUGGCCCUCAGUAUUCAAAGACAGAGCUCUCUGGAGUGCCAUUGACAGGCAUGAGUCCUCUCUCUCCAUACCUUAACGUGGACCCCAAGUAUCUCUUACAGGAUACAGAUGAGUUCAUUUUACCCACUGGAGCAAAUAAAACAAGAGGACGCUUUGAGCUGGCCUUCUUCACUAUAGGAGGAUGCUGUAUCACAGGUGCUGUAUUUGGGGCUGUGAAUGGUCUUCGAAUGGGCUUGUCUGAAACCAGAAACAUGGCUUGGUCCAAACCUCGCAACGUACAAAUCCUGAAUAUGGUGACCCGCCAAGGUGCCACAUGGGCGAACACUUUGGGUUCAGUAGCUCUGCUGUACAGUGCAUUUGGGGUGAUUGUAGAGAAAGCCAGAGGGGCAGAGGACGACCUCAACACGAUUGUUGCAGGGACCAUGACUGGUGUCCUCUACAAAUCUCCAGGAGGUUUUCGGGGGGCAGCGCGGGGUGGGUUGGUUGGGUUGACGCUUUCUGGACUCUAUGCUCUCUACAACAACUGGGACCACCUGAAGGGAAGCUCUCCUACACGCUACUGAGGUGCCUGUUAAGAUACUCAACAAAGCAGUCCGAAAAUUGUCAAUUUUUCAAAAUACCAAGCAUAAUUGAAUGCAUUUGUUAAGAAGCAAUGUCCAUCAACUUUACUGCUAAGAUGAGACGGUCAAGAAACUGCACCUGGAGGCUUCAAAUUCAUGACAAUUCAUGAUCAUCUUCUAAAAUGUCAUAAUUUAUGAUUUGAGGAAUGUUUGUAACUAAUUGUUUAAAAAUGAUUUAGACACUAUUUAAUUGAUUAAUGAAGCUUAACUGUCCAUUUGAUGGUGUCCAUAAAUGCACAGUGUGUGUUUAUAUAAAUAUAUCCAGUAAUGGCUGAAAAACCAAAUAGUGAAAUAAACCGUUGCUUGUUUUCAAUGUUUGUUUGCAAUACAUUUAGCAAUCAAACGUUGUACCAACUGUAAUUAAUUUUUCAAAACAGAUGACUUGAUGUUAAGAACAAAAUUAAACAUUGCACUAGAACUGGAUAAUGGGUGUUUACUAAAAUUCUUUGAUAUAAUAUUUGGUAAUUAUGAAUGUAUGUUAUUACAUGAAAUGAUAUUUGGGCACAUUGCCUUAUUCCAUCAGCAUUGUUAACGGACACCAGAAUUUAUGUGUGUAAAUGUCGCUAAAUUAAAUAUGUGCUAUAAAAACUUA